GUCGACCACUGAAUUCAGGCUUGAUCGCGCGACCGAUUUCUUGACGAAAAGAUGCAGGCUUUACCCGAGGCGCGCCAGCAGACGUUUGAAGAGCUGUAUGGCCCUCCUGAGAACUUCCUUGAGAUAGAGGUCAAGAAUCCCAUGACCCAUGGCGUCGGCCGGGGCAUGUACACCACCUACGAGAUUGUUAUGCGCACCAACAUUCCAGCCUUCAAGCUGAAGUCGUCCUCGGUACGCCGCAGAUACAGCGAGUUCGAAGCCUUUCGAGAUAUCCUAGAGCGCGAGUCGUCGCGCGUGACGAUACCACCGCUACCCGGCAAGGUCCUGACGAACCGCUUCUCGGACGAUGUGAUUGAGCAUAGACGAGAGGGGCUACAGCGAUUCUUGCAGAUUGUUGUGGGACAUCCGUUGCUGCAAACUGGAAGCAAGGUGCUGGCGGCGUUUGUACAAGAUCCAAACUGGGACCGUCAUGCGUGGUAAUUCACGCUCCUUCACGAAGCCCAUAUAUUACUUCUUGUAUCAUUCCUGUACGCUCGGACGGACCCUCAAUCGAAUGACGACAUGAUAUACACGACUUCACGAGUAGCGACAGUCAAAAGCGGAGGGUCAGGUCAAAGCAUCUGUUUUGUUUUUAGCGGCAUUCUCCAGUGGAGGGGUGCAGGGGUAGGCUAUGAGGGUAUUGGGAUCUCCAUCUGGUUUGUUCUUCUAUUCUGGUGUUCCAUACUUCUAUCUUUUCGUAUACGAAUUCUCCCAGAACAGGAGACAUCGGGUGUAAUGACAUACAUUUAUGUAGUCCUUAACGAUUUGAUCUCAAAUCGGCAUCAG